AUGUCAAGACCCAAGGUCAAGACCCAAGGUCAAGACCCCAGGUCAAGACCCCAUGUCAAGACCCCAUGUCAAGAUCACAUGUCAAGACCCCAGGUCAAGACCCUAGGUCAAGACCCCAUGUCAAGACCCCAGGUCAAGACCCCAGGUCAAGACCCCAGGUCAAGACCCCAGGUCAAGACACCAGGUCAAGACACCAGGUCAAGACCCCAGGUCAAGACCCAAGGUCAAGACCCCAGGUCAAGACCCCAGGUCAAGACCCCAGGUCAAGACACCAGAUCAAGACCCCAGGUCAAGACCCCAGGUCAAGACCCCAGGUCAAGACCCCAGGUCAAGACCCCAGGUCAAGACCCCAGAUCAAGACCCCAGGUCAAGACCCCAGGUCAAGACCCCAGGUCAAGACACCAGAUCAAGACCCCAGGUCAAGACCCCAGGUCAAGACCCCAGGUCAAGACCCCAGGUCAAGACACCAGGUCAAGACCCCAGGUCAAGACCCCAGGUCAAGACACCAGGUCAAGACCCCAGGUCAAGACCCAAGGUCAAGACCCCAGGUCAAGACCCCAGGUCAAGACCCCAGGUCAAGACACCAGAUCAAGACCCCAGGUCAAGACCCCAGGUCAAGACCCCAGGUCAAGACCCCAGGUCAAGACACCAGAUCAAGACCCCAGAUCAAGACCCCAGGUCAAGACCCCAGGUCAAGACCCCAGGUCAAGACCCCAGGUCAAGACCCCAGGUCAAGACCCCAGGUCAAGACCCAAGGUCAAGACCCUAGAUCAAGACCCUAUAUCAAGACACCAGAUCAAGACCCCAGGUCAAGACCCCAGGUCAAGACCCCAGGUCAAGACCCCAGGUCAAGACCCCAGGUCAAGACCCCAGGUCAAGACCCCAGAUCAAGACCCCAGGUCAAGACACCAGAUCAAGACCAGUGUUGCCGGGUCUGGUCUUGGCUCCUUCUCCCCACCAAUAUUGCCUCGGAUUACUGAAGAAGUCUUCAACUAA